GUACCAAGGUCCUUCUGCAGCGCCUAGCGGCCUCACCCUUGGUGCGCCGUUCACUCCCCAACGCAGCGGCGAUCUGUCAGCAGUACUUUAGCUUCAAGCGGCAGCCUCAAGAGUCGAUUGGAAAUUUCUUGGUACGAGAAACUUUGGUUCAUGAGGAGUUUGUGGAAGCGAUCAUCAGGUUGCACGAGGAGAAGUUGGGUGUCUCACAAGCCGAUCGAGACUUUGGUUUGCCCGAGGAGACAGAAUGGAGGGAUGAUGCUGAUUGGAACUCGUGGUAUGAUGGUGGCAGCUGGGGCAUGGAGGACCCCGACGACCCGGACAGCCGUCCACUACCUCCUGACGGUGAUUCUCCCCAAGUUGACGGUGAACCUGCGGCUCCUCCUGAACGCCGAGAUGAUCAUCCACAAGAACCAGCGCCAACGCGUGGCGCAACAGGCUCCUCACCGAGCCACCGCCAAGCAGAUGCAGGCUCCACGACGGGAUCGAGACAUGGAGAGACUCCACCGGUCACCAAGACCCCCUUAGACGAGAUGUCGAUUGCCGACUCCUUUAUAAUGGACGUCUUGAGAGGCUGGAGAUUGUUGCAGGCAGCAGGGUUGAGUGCUGAGGAGAAGGAUUACCCUGUGAUAUCUUCAGCAUUGCAGAGCCUCUGGGAUGACCAACUGCUUGGAGGGCAUCGCUUGUCUCAUGGACCCUUCAACGCCCACUACCUCGACGCCCCGGACGAGAACUAUGCGAACUAUCAGCAUGAGUAUGACGACUGGUGGCAAGAUGAUGAUUCUUGGUGGUACGAUGACAGCUAUGAUGAUGUCUAUGCUGUGGAUCAGUGGCGUGAAGAUGACUGGCACCAUGAGGGCCAGCAUGCGAUGACUCCCGAGCCUGAGGACCCAGAAGCAAUGGCCAAGCUGCAAGAGGCUCAGAGCGCAGAACGUAUCGCCGAGUCCUUAGCUGCAGAGGCGACCCGCACAUGGACUGAAGCUCAACGUGCGACCCAGGCUCUUCGUCGGGAUCGAGGUUUCGGGUCGCCAAGCAACAACCCGGCUGCUGGCAAAUGCUUUUUGUGCGGUGGAAAUCAUUUUGCACGUGAAUGCCCUGAUCGACGGCAUCCCGGUGGCAAGGGACGUGGCAAAGGCUACUUCCGGAACUUUGCCGCGGAUAUGGACGACGCCUACGCCUACUACUUCAACAAGGGCAAGGGCAAGGGUAAGUCCAAGAGCAAGAAAGGAAUGGUGCUUGAGGCCCAGGCUUGGAUGAAGGGCAAAAAGAGCCGAAUGAAGGGGUCGGGCAAAGAUGCGACUUCGGGACACCGGAGCGUCAACGCCUAUGCCACGGACUUGUUCCUGGGUGGAUUGGAGGUCUCUGAGGCGAUGGCUGCUGGCGACUCGCAGGCGGCACCCAGUACGGGAAUGAUUGACUGCGGGGCCACGGCUUCUGCGGCUCCUGAAGCCGUUGUUCGCAGCUUAAUCGCUGCAGUUCUCACCUAG